UGACAGAAUGUGGACUCACUACAGAGACGGACUUUUUCCUAAAAACAAGAAGAAAGAGGACAGAGAGGUUUUAACACUUCCAGCUAUAAACAAUGGCCCAACUUCACUCUGUCAGAAGACAAACAGGAAGAGGCAUGACAGCAAACUAAGCGAGGAGUCCAGUAUUACAGCUCACCUUAGAUCUGAACUCCAACUACUGCAAAAACACAAAACCCCAAAUGAUCCUUACAGUGACGACAGAAUAAGUGACAUACUGAAACAAGGCCGUUUUUUCAAGCUUGAAGCUGCCAAGGCCUUUUCAGACUUCCAUGAAUAUGAAACUAUUGGGGACUCACCAAAGUUACUUAGGAGCAUGGAGGAGCUCAACGGAGACGAUGAGGAUGAAGAAGAAAGAGCAAGAAAGGAUAAACGCUGUGUCCAUGAGGACACGGAGACAGACAGCGGGACAUAUUUGUCUGUUAGGUCGAACAGAGAUGAUGUGGAUGACAAACUCCCAGUGGCAGACUUCUUCUGUGGUACGACGACUGACGAUGGUCAAAGAAAGGAGGAUGCUUUAUCUGUUACUGAAGAGAAGAGAUUCCUGGUCUACAUCUGUGGAGGAUACAAAGACACAGUUGCAGAGAGAAGUGCGCUCAUGGAGAACGUUUAUCCCAGACUGUAUCUGUACUGUAAACAGAGAGGCUACGAAUUCAGCAUGGUGGACCUCCGUUUGGGGGUUGGAACACCCAUUGCUGAACACCAUGACACUGUGGAGCUACAUGUGGAGAAUCUCCAGCAAUGUCAGAAAACACAGGGUCCCAACUUGAUUGUGUUUGUAGGACAGAAGUAUGAGGUCCGGAGCCUUCCCUCCACCAUCCCCAGAGAGGCCUUUGAGGCCAUAGUUAGAGUGGUGGAAAGAGACCAACAGAUGUCCAGGGACGAGCCAGUGAAGGACUUACCUGCCUCAGGCUCCCGGUCCAGCAUCACUACAGACAGCCGCUCUGGCAGCUUCAUCCAGGAUUCCAUUUACAGAAAUUAUCUGAAUUUUGGAGAACAGGCUACAGACUCAGGACUGCUGAGCCAGAGCUCCCACAGCUCAUUUUCAGAAGCAGAGGAGGCCAGACUCAGCCCUGUGGGCGUGAAGAGCCAGGGGGAUUUGGACAAAGACCUCACAUUACUCCAGAUGUGGUACAAGCUGGAUGAGAAUUGCCUUCCUCCUGUAUACCGCUUACUUCCCAUCAGCUCUCACCAUCCUGGCAUGUUGAGCGUGGACAGGGAGUGCAGGAGGCGGGCUGGGAAGGACUGGAGUGCUGCCUGUCACACACUGUGGAGAGUUCUACAGCGCAGCGUGGGUGAGGCGCUCGGACAAGAGGAGGCUUCACUGUUACUCCGAACAGUUCUUGACUGGGAGCUAGAGGCAGGUCUGAAGUCAGUAGGUGACGCUCCACCAGAGGAGCACUGCCACUGCUACAAGAGACUGAUCCCAGAUCUGAACCACAACCUGAAGAGUGAACACAUCUCCCAGUACGCUGACCUGCUGAAGGGAAAAGCUCAGCUUGAUCCAGUACUCACCAAAGCACACCAGAAGUUUAUGGAACGGCUUCACAAGAAGCUGCGCCACACUAACAUCUAUGAGCGUAAUGUGGGAUGGGGGCGGAGAGGCCUGAACCCCAAACACAAUCACUCACACCUGUUCUACACCGAGCGGAUCUCCUCCCACUUUCAAAUGACUGUCAUCAACUCCCUCAACAAAGUCAUGAAGGUCACCAGAACUCGAGGCCAUUUUGACAGAGCGAGGAGAGAAGCUGUCAGAGUUCAGAUACAGGAGGAGAUACAGCGUCAUGUCAACCAUGGACUCCAUCUGUGGAAGGGCUGUACUCUGAGGCAGACUUUCUUAGCUGAUGUGAAGAGGGCAGUGGAGCAGUCAAGAACCAGACCCAUCCUCCUGCUGGGACCACCAGGCUGGGGAAAGAGCACCAUCAUGGCCGCAGUAGCACAGCUAGCACCAUCUUGGCUCCCUGGAGCUGUGAAGGUACUGGUACACUUCACUGGCGUCACUGGAGAGAGCAGGAAUAUUCGUCUGGUCCUGCAGAGUCUUUGUGUCCAGCUCGCUGAAGCCUACUGUCCUCACACACAGCUGUCAGAGAGCCUCCCUCAGCUGAUCAAUGAGUUCCACUCUUUGUUGGGCCUGGUGGAAGCAGAGAGGCCCCUGGUGGUCUUGCUGGACGGUUUAGAUGAGCUGUCUGAGGAACAUGGUGCGGACCUCUCCUGGAUCUCAACCCCUCUACCGCCAAACGUCCACCUCCUCCUCUCUGCAACCACAGACUCCCCCUGCACUCAGACUCUGCAGUCGGCCCAUCCCACAGUUCUGUCCCUCCCUCCUCUCAGUCCUGAUGACAUCACAGCUGCAUUAAAGACCAAGCUGUGGACUGACCAGCGGCGUCUGCAGGAGCAGCAGUGGCACCUCCUGGUCCAGGCCUGUCUGGGUUGUCCCUGUCCUCUGUACCUGGCAACAGCUUACUCUGAGAGCAAACUCUGGACCUCUUACUCCCCUCAGGCCAGCCUCAGCCUUCCAGCUAGCCUGGAGGGUCUUUACCUCAGCAUGCUGGCUCGCUUGGAGAGAGAGCUGGGGAAGCAGCUGGUAAAAAGGGUUGCAUCUCUGAUAUGCAUCUCACGUUGGGGUGUCACUGAACAGGAGUUAAUGGACCUUCUAGCCAAAGAUGAGAAGGUGCUUCAGGAAGUGACCUCAUGUUACUCCUCUUCCAGCCACCCGAGGAUCCCCUAUGUCUUAUGGGCUCGACUGAAACGUAACCUUGGUUGUCACCUAACUGAGGUCAGGACAGACGGGACUUGGGUGUACCGCUGGACACAUUCUAAGCUGACCCAUGUGUGCAUAAACCGUUAUUUAAAAACAGACGAUUCUCGCAUGGCUUUGCACGCAGACUACGCAGACUACUACAGAGCCAAGUCGCAACAUGCACAUAUAUUUCAGCCUUUGGCAUGGACACUGGAUGAGGAAGGUGAAGGUAUGACUAAAAGUUACAGAUUCAAUCUGAGGAAGCUUCGCGGGUUGCCCUUCCACCUGGUCCACUCAGGUCAAAUCCUGCCCUUACUGUCUGAAUGCAUGUUCAACUAUGAGUUCCUGCUACAUAAGGCCUGGGGUCUAUCUGUCCUGGACAUCGAGGAGGACCUAAACAAGGCUGUGCUGCCAGACAAGGAGCUGGAGGAUGUGAAGGUACUUUUGGGUGCUCUGGAAAUGUCCAGAGCAGUUCUGCUGCAGGAUCCCUGUCAGCUGGCCUCCCAACUUGCGGGUCGACUGGGACAAAUGAUUAUUGAGGACCGUCCUGUUGCUAAAGGUGACCGGUUGAAGUUCAGCUACCUCCAUGCUCUACUGGCCCAGUGUAUGCAGUCCACCCUCACUGUGUUGCUUCCUUCUUCCACCUUUUUGCUGCCACCAGGAGGCCUCCAACACACCCCGCUGGCAGGUCACAUGACCAAUGUGACUGCCCUGGGAGGGGGCCACAGAGGACCCUUGGGUGUCACCAGUGAAUCAGAUGGAAGCCUGAGGUUUUGGGAUCUGGAGCAUAGGCGGAUCAUCAGGAGUCUGGAUCCAGUGGGGGGAGUUGUUGGAGAUUCAAUAACCCUGAGUCUGGAUGACAGAAUGCUUAUCAUCCACAUGGGACAAAGUCUGCAGGUGAGAGAGGUUGAAUCUGGGCGAGUUGUGUAUUCAGAGAGUGAUUCAGUGGACGUUCCCGUAGUCACCACGACUUGCGACGGUCAGCUGCUGGUGGUUUUCUACGAUGGAAGUCAUCGAGUCAAGGUUUUUGACCUGGCCUCAUCCUGCUCUCUGCUGCACCAUGUUAACAUUUCCAUGGAGCGUGAGGCGAUCCACAGAGACCGCUCCAUUCUGCUGUCCAACAACUCCAUCAAAGACUACGUCCUCUUUGCCUACAGGUCUGGUGGUGAGGCAGCAGUAUUCAGUGCCAGAGUGGGCAGUGUGCUGUGUGUCCUGUCUGCUCAGCAUGGUGCUGCCUCCAUGCAAGCUGUGGAGAUGACUGAAGACUACCUGCUGCUCUUCUGCAGAUACCCAUACAAGAGGGACGGUGAAAUCGUUCACAUCGAACUCUUCAGCACUGUCUCCUUCCUCUACCUGCGCUCUAUAUUGGGCUGUAGCCAGGACUACAUUUCCCAGGUCACCGUGAACCAGGCGGGGACUCAUGCUGUGGCCUUCUGCCCCUGCCCUUGUACUGGCAUCACAGAGCUGGUCACUUGGGAUCUGGAGACGGAGGACCACAAACAUAUCGCUCGUUUCCCUGCAGUACUGACCAGAGGCCUGUGUUUUGACCUGCGUUUCUGCCUGGGGAUCUGCAGCGGACAGAAGUACCUCCACCUGUGGGAUCUGACCUCCAGGAUCACUGACCAGACUCUGACCUACAACAUCCACAAGCUGAGGAGUGACGGUACACAGGAGGUCAUCCCCAUGGGGAAAACCCCAAGGUACGCCGUGUGCCGCUCCAUCAGAGCUGGGACGGUGUAUGUGUGGAACCUGAGCAGGCGGCGUUUCGUCUGCCGGCCAGUCAGGGUGGAGCAUGGCCUCUACGGCAGCACCGAUGUGGUGCUCGCACGUGACUUCAAACUUUACAUCCUGACAGACAGAAGCAGCAAAGGCAGCAGAUUCCAGACUCUUCUGGUGUAUGAUUUGAUUAAGAGGAGUUAUGUGAGGAGACAGACAGGGAUCACAGUUAUUCCCUGUCUUCAGCAUGAGUACCGUCUUCUGGAAGAGGGACGGACUCUUCUGGGCCUGUCAGAGACCAGAGGUCAGCUGAUCCUUUGGGAUCUGGACUCUGGCUCCAUCAAACAUGAGAUCAAACCGUCCCAGAGAGAGUCCUCCGUGUGCAUCAGCAGCACUGUUCAAGACCUACAGGCUGACGUGACAGCACACAGAGAGACGAUAGUGAUGCCGUGGGACAUUCGGACAGAGAGCCAGUCUGCAAAGAUGAGGAGGCUGGAGAGAGAGGCACAGAGGGAGAAGGAGGCCAUGAGGAGGCUGGAGAGAGAGAAAUACAACUGUAUAGAGCAGUACCUCCUCAGUGGAGACGAACAGGUGGUGGUGUGCUCCUACUUUGCACACCACCUCAACGUCUUCAGCGUGGUCUCACAGGAACACGUCCACACCCUGGAGGAUAAACCAUCACAGCUGAGCCUCCACACUGCUGCCAUGACCCACACCGGCAGCUACCUGGUGCUGACCCACUACAACCAUGACCAGAGGACCCCUUACAUCACCCUGUGGGACCUGCACGAGGGAACGGUGAGGAAGAGGCUGAGGAAUGAGGCUGGAGUUUGCUGCGUAGCUAUCACAGACAAUGCAGACAGAGUUGUCUUUGGAGUCACAGGUACGAACAGGCUCAAAGUGUGGGAUCCCACCCAGAGAACGUACAGGAGCAUCAGUGGCUAUGGGAACCUGAGCAUAGACAUCUCCAGCAAGGUGUAUGUGACAGAGGGAGGAGCCAAAGCCAUCCUGCUGUCAGGACAGCUGAGCCUGUGGGACCUCGAGGCGUGCACCGUCCUGUCCGUACUCUCCAUGGACGCUCACGUACGCUGCAUGAUGCCACUUCAUGGACGCGAGACUUGCGUUCUGCUCGGCCUCAGCCACAGCCCUGCCCUCAUCAGCGUCAGGUCCACAUUCAGGACUGUCAGCUCGGAAACUCCAGCCUCCACAGACAGAGACCUGUUUGGAGAGUCCAGCAGCAGUGAGGAAGAGGAGGGCUCGUGAUGGACAGACAGACAUCAGAGAACAUGGACUGUGCUACAUGACAGAAGAGAAACAAAAUGACAUGACAUGAGGAUUUAGAAGAAAGACUGAUUCAUUGGAGUAAUGUUGUGCUGACACACCAUCACACUGCCAACUCACUUUUAUCUGCAUUAUGUCCAACAAUUAUCAUGCAAUGUGCGUUAUUAAUUUAUUUAUACAUUCGAGAUACAUUCAAACAGUGAACUGACAGAGAUGUCCUAUGUGUCAAACAUGGAUGUGAUAAAUGUAUUAUGUCCAUGGAUUUUCAGUAAACUGAUUCUACAAAUGUGUGCAUGACAUAUUCACUGGAUCUGAGGGAAAAUACUCAAAUAAGUUUUAGAAGUUAGCUCCACUGUGAGCUGCAGACCUGAGUGUAGACGUAAAUAUUACAGACAACUCUUAGUAUAUUGUAGCCUCCAAAAUUAAGUAUUUAUUCUGCAAAAUCAUAUCAUUCUAUUACUGGAUUCUAAUUACUGAUGAUCAGUGUGUCAGGAUCAUUUUAACACUGUCUAAGUUGUAGAAAGUACAAACAAUAACAAGUGCUGUACUCAAGUAUUUUGGACAUUUUAGCUAUGCGUGUUAUAUUUAUGUCAAUAAUAAUAAACUUUUAUUUUGAAAUCUUAUGAAACAUCUCUUAUGUUUAUGUUCAAUGAAAGCUAAAGUGUGUUUAAAGAUUUUUGAUGCUACAGAUCUGCUCUGUGUUUGACUGAUUAGAUCAGAGUUAUAUAGUUAUAGAAAUAUUCUAUCUUUCCAGCUGAGCCUUUCUCACCCUCAGGUACGCAUAAACUGCAGGUUAUGAACUUCUUUUGUAAAGACUUUUCAUUGUCAGUCUUCGGUGAGAAGCAGGAAAUGAUCAGAUUUUUCACCCUGGACAAAGAGAAGUUAAAAUCUCUCAGAUACAGCUGAUGUCAUCUUGUGCUGAUGACAUAAUUUGGAGCCAGACUCUGUGUAGCAGCAGCUGUGGUCCGACUUUGGGCUGCAGUAUCAAGGUCCCGCCCGUACACCCUAUCUGCUCAAUCUCGAGCAGGGCUCAGCUGUCAAUCAUAACAUCAAACCAAUCAUUAAAACCAAACUUACAAGAGAAAUGAACACUUGAACAAACAUCAAUGACAGAAACCAUCUUUGGGGAAAAAUGGAUUCUAUGUGUACUGUAACUUUUUAGUUUGACAUGUGUCCUAUCUGCUAACAUGGAGGGGAGGGGCUUUAUGACCUGUACUGCAGCCAGCCACCAGGGGGGGGGU